AUGAAGUUCUUACUAGUGAUCUUCUUUUUUGUCUUGUUCUCCUUAUGGGUUGAAGAAGUCUGUUCCAAAGAGAAAUCUUCAAAGAAAGGAAAGGGAAAAAAGAAGCAGUACCUAUGCCCAUCCCAGCAGUCAGCUGAAGAUCUUGCAAGAGUACCUGUUAAUUCUACCAGCAAUAUCUUGAAUAGGCUAUUGCUCAGUUACGAUCCCAGGAUAAGACCGAAUUUCAAAGGAAUUCCUGUUGAUGUUGCAGUCAACAUCUUCAUUAACAGCUUUGGGUCAAUUCAAGAGACAACUAUGGAUUAUAGAGUCAACAUCUUUCUAAGACAGAAGUGGAAUGACCCUAGACUCAAACUGCCCAAUGAUUGGAGGGGUUCAGAUACACUGACAGUGGACCCAACAAUGUUUAAAUGUCUUUGGAAACCAGACUUGUUCUUUGCAAAUGAAAAAAAUGCUAACUUCCAUGAUGUCACUCAAGAAAAUAUUCUUCUUUUUAUAUUUCGAGAUGGAGAUGUCCUAGUCAGCAUGAGAUUAUCUAUUACUCUGUCGUGCCCUUUGGAUUUGACCUUGUUUCCUAUGGAUACACAGCGCUGCAAGAUGCAACUGGAAAGCUUUGGUUACACAACUGAUGACUUACGCUUUAUAUGGCAAUCUGGAGAUCCUGUGCAGCUAGAGAAAAUUGCUCUGCCUCAGUUUGACAUUAAAAAAGAGGAUAUUGAAUAUGGUAAUUGUACGAAAUAUUAUAAAGGCACAGGUUAUUAUACUUGUGUAGAAGUAAUCUUCACUUUAAGAAGACAAGUUGGAUUUUAUAUGAUGGGUGUUUAUGCUCCUACACUGCUAAUUGUUGUUCUAUCCUGGCUGUCAUUUUGGAUCAAUCCUGAUGCAAGUGCUGCAAGAGUCCCACUGGGUAUUUUCUCAGUGCUCAGCUUGGCAUCUGAAUGUACUACUCUUGCUGCUGAACUUCCCAAAGUGUCUUACGUGAAGGCUUUAGAUGUCUGGCUGAUUGUUUGCCUUCUCUUUGGAUUUGCAUCACUGGUUGAAUAUGCAGUUGUUCAGGUAAUGCUAAAUAAUCCAAAGAGAAUUGAAGCUGAAAAAGCAAAGAUUGCCAAAGCAGAACAAGCAGAAGGGAAAGGUGGAAAUGCUGCCAAAAAGAACACUGUGAAUGGUACAGGGACUCCUGUCCACAUCAGCACUUUACAGGUUGGUGAGACCAGAUGCAAAAAAGUUUGCACUUCGAAAUCUGAUCUGAGAUCCAAUGAUUUCAGCAUUGUUGGAAGUUUGCCAAGAGAUUUUGAAUUAUCAAAUUAUGACUGUUAUGGGAAGCCCAUUGAAGUCAACAAUGGGCUCGGGAAAUCUCAAGCCAAGAACAACAAGAAGCCUCCUCCUCCCAAGCCUGUCAUUCCAUCAGCAGCAAAGCGAAUUGAUCUCUAUGCAAGAGCACUGUUUCCUUUUUGCUUCUUGUUCUUCAAUGUCAUAUACUGGUCCAUAUAUUUAUGA